AUGACCAACGAGACCACCCUUUCCCCAAGCUACGACAAAGAACUCCGAAUCGCGUCCUUAGCAGUCCACCGCGCCAGCAUCCUCACCAAAAUCGUCCAAAGAAAGCUCGAAAUAGGUUCCAUCCACAAACCCGACGGUUCUCCCGUGACUGUCGCCGAUUUUGCCGCCCAGGCGAUCCUCGUCAGCAUUCUUCGUCAUUACUUUCCAAAUGAUAUGUUUGUGGGCGAGGAGUCUGCGUCUGUGCUUCGCGAUGACCCCGUGCUUGCGCGGCGGGUGUGGGAACUUGUGUCUACGAUGACAUGGGUUGAUGAUGAUGGUGGUGGUGGUGGCGCUUUAGUCGCGGUGCCACGGUCUAUAGAGGAGAUGCUGGGUGCAAUUGACGUUGGGGGCGAUGGGGAUGGAGCUGGGAGUCAACGGACCUGGUUUCUUGAUCCAAUUGAUGGGACGGCGACGUUUAUACGGGGUCAGCAGUAUGCGGUUUCGGUGGCAUUGGUGGAGGACGGGGAGCAGAAGGUUGGGGUAGUCGGGUGUCCGAAUGUAGCGUUCAAGAGCACAUCUGUCCAUGAGGAGAUCAUCGAUAAAGACGGGUAUGGGAUGAUAUUAUUCGCUGUCAAGGGACAGGGUGCGUACAAGCGACGGAUGACCUCGUCCAGCUUGGGACCUUCGCAGAAGACUUCUCUGAGUCCAUGGCAAAGAAUGGGGGAGAAAAUCACAUUCACUGAAAGCUCGAUCAGCGGUGUUGUGCAUCAGGAGAAGCACAAGCUCAUCAGGGACAUACUACUCGCCAAUCCGGUGGUAGACCUUUAUUCUAUGCAAGUCAAGUAUGUAGCCCUAGCAAUUGGUGCAUGCAACGCGAUGAUCCGCCUUCCCAAGGCCAAGGACCACCGGUUCCCUGCAUGGGACCAUGCUGGGGGGAUGCUCAUCUUUGAGGAAUCAGGCGGCACGGUUACCGACCUAUAUGGUCGACCUUUCAACUAUGCUCAUGGGAGAAGGCUAGCUGCCAAUGAGGGUUUGGUGGCAGCUAAACCAGUGCUUCAUACCGACCUCUUGCGCUUUUCACGCUAUGUUUAUGAGAGAAAUAAGUCUAAGCCAUGCAAGAAACCAACAUGA